AUGCGCUGCUCCAUGAAGCAAUGGAGAAAGAUUUCCACCAUCUUCUAUCUUCUUUUUUUUACAGGUGAAGUCAGAUGUGAGGCACCAAAUAACAAAUUAGAUAACUUCACAGGAACUCUUACUCUUCAAGGAGAGAAGUAUGCCCUGGAUAAUGAGAAGAUGCUGUUGAGAGACUGUACUAUUAGGAACACAGAGUGGUGCUUUGGUCUCGUUAUUUAUGCUGGGCCAGACACCAAACUAAUGCAGAACAGUGGAAAAACGACUUUUAAACGGACAAGCAUUGAUCAACUUAUGAAUGUUCUCGUGUUAGUGAUCUUUGCAUUUUUAGCACUGAUGUGUCUUAUCCUAGCCAUUGGCAACGGCAUCUGGGAAUAUGAUAAGGGCUACUACUUCCAGGUCUAUCUGCCCUGGGCAGAAGGUGUCACUUCUGCCCCCUACUCUGCCUUCCUCAUGUUCUGGUCAUACGUGAUCAUUUUAAACACGGUGGUGCCAAUUUCACUCUAUGUCAGUGUUGAGAUUAUACGCUUGGGCAACAGCUUCUACAUUGAUUGGGAUCGUAAAAUGUAUUACCCAGUGAAUGACACACCGUCUCAGACCCGUACCACCACACUCAAUUAAGAGCUGGGGCAAAU